AUGGAAGUCCGGAUCAACCAAAGAAACUUUCCCAUCAACUUGUGGAAUUUGGUGAAUGAUCCUCAGAUUUGUUCAAUCUGCUGGGAUGACAGUGGGGAAGGAAUCCUGAUCUGUCCAGAGGCCUUCAAAGCUGAAGUGCUGUCUAAAGACAACAAGGAGAGGAUCUUCAGAACUACUAAUUUCAUCAGUUUUGUUCGUCAGCUUAACCUGUAUGGCUUCACAAAAGUUUGCCCAGACUAUAAGAUCUCAUUGACAAAAGUGAGGUUCAUACAGCACUAUUUUAACCCCAACUUCAAACGGGCCAACCCGGAGCUUCUGGCGAAUCUAAAGAGACUCACACCUUACAACAGGGCCAAGCUUGCCACUGGGCAAGAUGUCUCCAACCACCCAAGUACUUUUCAUCCAGUGGUGAAUUCACCUGACAUCUCUGCUGUGGUCGAUAACCAUUGCUGUAUCCCAGGAUCUUUGGAUUCCAACAUGCCCUGCUCCCAACAAGAAGCUGCCUCCUCCGCUCAUUGUGGCUAUUAUCCUGUUAGAGCUGAAAAACCUUUUUUAGUUUACUAAUACAUACUAAUAUACAUAGUAAUACAUACUAAUCAA